UCUUUAACGAUGUCCAACUUGAAAACUCGACUUGUCCUAGAACUAGUUCUAGACUUGACUGGCACGGUUCGCCCAGCUUGCCAUUAUUUUAUUACCAGCUACAAAACGCAAGCAUGGGGGACGCUUCACUACCAGAGACAUGGCAGGACAAGGUGGCAGGGGUCAGAGCACAUCGCGAUGCCUCCCUCGCAAAGGUGCAGCCUGCCCUUGAGGGUGUCCCAGCUGAAGGCAGCAUGCCUCUCUACACUCGAGACUUGCCGGGCAAGAUCUUGACAGCUCGCGAAAUUGAAAUCACAGAAGGGUACAGCAUCACCAAGCUCCUCGCAGCGAUGAAGAGCCGCGAGAUCUCUGUGGAGGAGGUCACGCGGGCAUUUCUCCGCAGAGCAGCAAUCGCACACGCGGCGACCAACUGCCUGACGGAGCUGCUGUGGGAUCAAGCCGUGGAGCGCGCCAAGCACCUCGACUCGCUGCCUGAAGCCAAGGGCAUGCUCUUUGGGCUGCCGAUAUCGACAAAGGAGCACCAGGGGAUGGUGGGCUCCAAGGUGACAUCGAAUUCGUCUUUUGUUGCGUGGAUCGGCAAGGAGCACGGAUCCAACCUGCUCUACGACUGCCUGUGGGCCGAGGGGUGCGUCUUUUACGCCAGGACGAACCAGCCGCAGGCCAUCAUGCACCUCGAGACGGACAAUCCCGUGUACGGACGGACGCUGAACCCCUAUAACAGGAACCUGAGUCCCGGCGGCAGCACCGGCGGAGAGUCGGCGCUCAUGGGCAUGCGAGGCAGCAUCUUGGGUAUCGGCGGCGACAUUGGCGGCAGCAUCCGGGUGCCUGCUGCCCACGUCGGACUGUACGGCUUCAAGGCGACGUGGAAGCGCCUCUCGGCCCGAGGGCUGCUGGCACCAGCCGCCGGCAAAGAGACCAUGGGCGCAUCACCCGGACCGCUGGCGGCGGAUCGCGAUGCGCUCGACCUGUUCAUGCGCGUGGCGUUGGCGGCCAAGCCCUGGCGUAUCGAUCCGUCCGUCGUCGAGAUGCCCUGGAGGCCGUACGACGAGUUUGCCAAGGGCAGGCGGCGGCUCAAGGUGGCAGUGCAGUGGUGGGAUGGAGUCGUGCAGCCGCACCCGCCCAUGACGAGGGCACUGCGGGAAGUGGCGGGUGCGUGUCGUCGGGCCGGCAUCGAGGUGGUCGACUGGGACUGUGAGCAUCUAGACCACCAGAGGGCGUGGGAUAUCGUGUCAGCGCUAUACUGGCCCGAUGGGGGAAAGGAGGUCAUGGACCUGUUGGAGCAAGGCGGCGAGCCCAUGUUGCCCCUGACCCAAUUUAUCAUUCAGGAGCAGCCUACAGUUGGGAGCUUGACGCAGCACGAGCUGUGGAAGCUCUGCCUCGAGCGCGACAACUACAGAGCCAUGUACGCCCAGGCGUGGUCGGCCACGGGCAAGGACGAGGACGGCGAGGUGGACGUCAUCCUCUGCCCGCCCAACUUUGGAGCAGCCACGCCGCACGACCAGUCGAAAUACUGGGGCUACACAUCGCACUGGAACCUCGUCGACUACCCCGCCGUCGUCUUUCCUGUCACCACAGUCGACCCGGUCAAGGACGUCAAAGACGCCAGCUAUACGCCCAAGAACGCGCAGGACAGGUUUGUCUACGAUAUGUACACUCCCGAGACGUUCGCCAAUGCGCCCGUCAGCCUGCAGAUUGUCGGCAGGAGGUUCCACGACGAAAAGGUAUUGGCUGCUCUGGUUGAGAUUGAGCGCGCCAUAGACCUGCUGCACUUGUCCAAGGACCAAAGACACAAUUCAACUUUUAUCAUGGCUGACGAGGAGAGCAAGCCGCUGCCCCCAGGCACCGUCCGGCUGGUGGACAGCAGCGGCCAGAGCGACUUGGACUCUGAGUCUGACUUGAUCCUCGUGCCGGCGCCGUCAGAGGACCCCGAGGACCCGCUCAACUGGAGCCGACGGCGCAAGAUGCUGGCGACUAGCUGCAUCGUCGUCUACACCAUCGUCAUCGCGCUCCCGUCAAGCGCCGUGUACUCGAUCGUGACGCCGAUCCGCGCCGAGACGGGCCUCACGCUGACCGACAUCAACAACGGCACCGGCAUCAUGUUCCUCUUCUACGGCUGGGGCUGCGUCUUUUGGCAGGCCGUGGCCCUGCAGUGGGGCAAGCGGCCCGUCUACCUCUUUUCGCUGCUGGCCAACGUGGUCAUCCUCGCCACCGCGCCCCUGUGCACCACCUCGGGCACCUAUCUUGCCAACCGCAUCAUCCUGGGCUUCUUUGGCUCGCCCGUCGAGUCGCUGGCCGAGGUGUCGGUCACGGACCUGUGGUUUGCCCACGAGCGCCCGACCUACAUGGCUUGGUACGGCUGGUCCCUGGCCAUGACCGGCAAGCUGGCCCCCAUGCUGUCGGGCUUCAUCAACGUCGGCAUGGGCUGGCAGUGGACGCUCUGGUGGUGCUCCAUCUGGAACGCCAUGGGGUUUGUCUAUUGUUUUCUGCUGAUGGAGGAGACCAACUACGACCGCAAGCACACCCACGGCGCCCAGGCGGCAGCGAGCCAAACAGCUGCCACGGAUGCCUCCUCCUCCUCCAGCCCCGCCACGCCGACCGAGAAAAAGCCAGUUGAUGAUGCUGCUGCUGCUGCUGCUGCUGCUGCUGCCGCCAAAAAAGCCACAGACAGCCAAGUCGGGGAGCUGGUCUGGCCGCGCAAGAGCCUCUGGAACAAGCUCAGCCUCAGGGACAAGAAGCGGCCGAUGCGGUUUUGGGAUGUCUUUUGGGCCCCCUUUGUCGGCUUUAGCUAUCCGGCCGUCGUCUACGCCGGCUUCAUGUACGGAGCCAACAGCCUGGUGUGGCAGGGCGUGCAGAACGCCACCAUCGGCACCAUCUACACCACCAGGUACGGCUUCAGCACCGCCGGCGUGGCCGCAGCCUACGCGGGCGGCGUGCUCGGCUCCAUCAUUGGCGGUCUGUACGCCGGCAAGGUGGGCCAGAUGCUGACGGUUCGGCUGGCCCGGCGCAACGGCGGCGUGGCCGAGUCGGAGAACAUCCUGUACCUGUUCGCGGCAGGCGUGGUGCUGGUGCCCUUUGCCUUGGUCCUGUACAGCGUGGCCGUCACCUACCACCUGCACUGGUUCGCCCUGGCCACGACCCAGUUCGCCCUGGCCAUCACCGCCUCCUUUUGCAUCCCCGGCGCCCUGGGCUACGCCAUGUCCAGCUACCCUGAGCUGUCGAGCCAGCUGGUCACCACCUGCGUGCUCAUCCGCAACACGCUGUCCUUUGCCAUCAACUACGGCAUCACCCCCUGGCUCAACCACAACGGCUACCUCGCCGUCUACUGCAUUGUGGGCGGCAUCGGUCUUCUCUGGAACGCCAGCUGCUUCGUCAUGAUCCGCUAUGGCCGCCGCAUCCGCGAGUGGACUGCUCCCCGCUACUAUCGCGAUGUCCAACGUGCUCGUGCCAAGGGCCUUGGUCACUGA